AUGGAGGCUGUGAUAGAGAAGGAGUGCAGUGCCCUGGGGGGUCUGUUCCAGACCAUCAUCAGCGACAUGAAGGGAAGUUACCCAGUUUGGGAAGAUUUUAUUAACAAAGCUGGAAAACUGCAGUCACAGCUCAGGACCACCGUGGUGGCGGCUGCAGCGUUCCUGGACGCCUUCCAAAAGGUAGCUGACAUGGCAACCAACACCCGGGGGGCGACCCGAGAAGUUGGUUCUGCUUUGACCAGAAUGUGUAUGAGACAUCGCAGCAUCGAGUCCAAACUCAGACAGUUUUCCAGAAUCCAUUACAAGAGCAGGUGGAGGAAUGGAAGAAGGUUGCAAAUCAACUUGACAAGGAUCACUGCAAAAGAAUACAAAAAGGCUCGUCAAGAAAUCAAGAAGAAGUCAUCAGACACCCUUAAACUGCAGAAAAAAGCUAAGAAAGGGAGAGGAGAUAUACAGCCCCAGCUGGACAGCGCUCUACAAGAUGUCAAUGACAAGUACCUUCUCCUGGAGGAAACGGAGAAACAAGCGGUCAGGAAAGCCCUUAUCGAGGAGCGCAGCCGCUUCUGCUCCUUCAUCUCCAUGCUGCGGCCUGUCAUAGAGGAAGAGAUUUCAAUGUUGGGGGAGAUCACACACUUGCAGACCAUAUCUGAAGACCUGAAGACCCUAACCAUGGAUCCACAUAAACUUCCUUCUGCCAGUGAACAGGUGAUUCAUGAUUUAAAAGGCUCAGACUAUAAUUGGUCUUACCAGACUCCACCCUCGUCUCCGAGUACCACCAUGUCUCGCAAAUCCAGUGUCUGCAGCAGUCUGAACAGCGUUAACAGUAGUGACUCCAGAUCCAGUGGUUCCCACUCACACUCACCCACUUCGCACUAUCGCUAUCGCAGCUCCAAUCUGCCCCAGCAGGCCCCGAUGAGACUGUCCAGCGUCUCCUCCCAUGAUUCCGGCUUCAUCUCCCAGGAUGCUUUUCAAUCAAAGUCUCCGUCCCCCAUGCCGCCGGAAGCUGUCAACCAGAAUUCGUCCAGUUCAGCUUCAUCCGAAGCCUCUGAGACCUGCCAGUCCGUGAGCGAGUGCAGCUCUCCGACUUCUGUGAGUUCUGGAUCUACCAUGGGAGCGUGGGCCUCCACUGAUAAGUUGUCUAAUGGGUAUUAUCACUAUAGUUUGUCCAGUGACCUGUCCACCACAGGUCAUUUCACCCAUUUCCCACUCCCAGUCUCACGUCCUUGGACCCGGUCUAGCUCAGAUUGUCAACACUAUUACACCAUUGGGCCGGGCGUGUUACCAUCGUCUAAGAUCCCCAGCUGGAAGGACUGGGCUAAGCCAGGUCCAUACGACCAACCUAUGGUGAACACUCUUCAGAGGCGUAAACGUGAAGCCGAUUCCAGCGGAGGAGCCUAUAUCUCAACUCUAGGACUGACCAGCGAUGCCCGAUUGUACAGGAAUGCCGGUGUACCUGCAGCAUUUAGGCAAGGUGAAGAAACAGAGAACUGCGACGAGUUGGCUCUGGCGUUGAGCAGAGGAUUGCAGCUUGACACGCAGAGGAGUAGCAGAGAUUCCUUGCAAUGUUCUAGUGGAUACAGCACACAGACGACAACCCCUUGCUGUUCAGAAGAUACCAUCCCUUCCCAAGUUUCAGAUUACGAUUACUUCUCGGUGAGUGGAGACCAAGAACCUGACCAACAGGAUUUUGAUAAAUCUUCCACCAUCCCUCGAAACAGUGAUAUCAGCCAGUCCUACAGGAGGAUGUUCCAAGCCAAACGUCCUGCCUCCACCGCUGGGCUACCAGCCACUUUCGGACCUGUGAUCACACCUGGUGUGGCCACCAUUCGUAGGACACCAUCCACCAAGCCAUCAGUGAGACGUGGCACUAUUGGUGGAGGUCCCAUACCGAUAAAGACACCGGUUAUACCCGUUAAGACCCCCACAGUGCCAGAUAUGCCAGGUGGGCUCCCCACCAGCACAAGUGAAGAAUACCCUGAGCAAAGCCCCGACAACCCUUCCCUCGUAGAAGCUUCCAUCGGAGAAAUGCCAACUUCACUGUGGAGCGGACAGGCUUCUGUAAACCCCCCAGUCCCGGGACCACAAGGCAUGAUUGUGGAGGAACAGAGGCAAGGAAGGUCAGAAAAUGAUGAAGAUGAUGAUGAUCAGGAUGGAUCUUUCAUCCCUGAUGCCCCGGUUCAAGCCCAUCCAGAGCCAACAGAGUCUGCUCCAGAAGAGGCACCUCAAGGAGAUGACAUGCUUUAUGCUAUCCGCCGUGGAGUUAAACUUAAGAAAACCAGCACAAAUGAUCGCUCGGCCCCUCGUCUCUCCUAGAGAUUUGGGACACUAUGGCCGGGACUACAGAACUUUCACCCUGGUGACUCCCUUUAACCCAUUCCAGUCCGUGACCGGCGGAUUGUCUAGGAGCGUACACAGGGUUGACUCUUAAUAAAAGAAGAUAAAUCUAUAUAUUCUCACAGUUAAGCAGAGUAGAAGAGUUACUAUCUGUCCGUGUCCCCAUGCUGUAAAAAGUCUUCUGACUUCUGCACAUAGUUAUUCCCCUCUCAGUUUUUUUCUGGUUAUUUUUGGCCCCUCCCAAUUUUUUUGUUCCCGUUUUUUCCAUAAAGUGCCAAAAUCUUUUUUUUUUUCCAUUUUGUAUCUAGACGUCUUUGUAAAUUUUCAAACUGCUUUAAAUGGGAUAAGGAACAAGUGUGCAUCGUAAUAGAAGAAGGACUGUUUUUGUGAACCCCCACCCCACCAUCGAAAAGAAAAAAAAUAACUUUGUAUAGAUCAAGCAUGAGCAUACCUUUUGUGGCAUGAUGGGAGAUGUAGUUCAACAACCGUUGCAGUCAGAGGAUGAUAAGGUGUAGACCACCUCCGAAUCACCGCAGCUUAGUUUUUUCCUAUACACAACUACAAGCUUACUUUUUAAUGAUUAUUAUUUUAAAAUAUUUUUUUUUCACAUUUUUUUUAACUGUUAAAAAUUAUUAACAAUUAAAAGCAAUAUAAUAAAAAAAUAAGUAGCAUGUAACCAGGGGGAAUAAAGGGUUAAGAACGUUAUGAUAUAACAUAGGCUGUCAUACACGUCACCUGUAAUCUAGUCAUCGCCUGUAGCUCCAUGAUAGAAGAUUCAAGCCAGUCCAGACCACUAAUCCAUGGAGUGCUUUCCACCUCCGUCAGUAUACACGUCAUAUGUAAUAUAUCAGACCAGUCAUGUCACUUUUAGUACUGUGUGUAAUGUCUUACUAGGCAGGAAUUUAAAGGAUUUGUACAGGAUUUUAUUUUAUUUUUUCUUGUCAAAUCAGCACCACCCUUGCACAUAGGUCGUGAUCGGUAUUACAGCUCAGCUCUAGUCAAGUGAUUGGGGCAGAGCUGCAAUACCACACACAACCUGUAAACUGCUUUGAUGCUGUUUCUGGAAGAAAUUUGCUAUUUUUUUUAUUUAUUUUUUAUCUAAUCCUGUACAACCCCAUAGUUGGCAGCCAUUUUGUGGGCUAAAGCAAUAGCUAUUUAAUGAGAUAUCACAUCUAGAAUACGGACAUCGGGAACUAGCACAUGAAAUGGUUGCCAUAUCUGAAAGUUGGUGAUAUGUCCCUGCUGGGUUUUACUGUAUCGUAAAGCACUCAGUUUUUAGUUUUUUUUUUAUAGAUAUGUGCGCUCACACUAUCUCACCAAGUACUAACAUAAGGGGUUAAGUAUAAUGUUAAAUCUAAAAAAACUGAAAAAAAAAAAGGCUAAGGCAAUUAUAAAGGUAUUAAACGUUUAAGGUAGUUGGAAGUUCACAGAUGUAAAAUAGAGUAAAAAUUUAAUAAAAUGUAACAAAAAUAAAAAUUAAAAAAAUUUGCUUAUUCACAUUUAAGAUCCAGCUGGCUGGGUCGAGUUUGCAACCUUUGAUCGCAUCCAAAUGACACUUUACACGCACACGUCGCUGUUCAGUAUUGUGGAGGCAAAUGGUUUUACAAAAUAAAAAUACAUUUUUUUAGUAAAUAUUUUCACAUUUUUUUACACUAAUUUGGCACAGGACUUAAAUGGAACGAAGGAAAAUUCAGUUUCAAGGACAUUCUCUUUGGGUUAUAUGUUAUGUAUUUUAUGACUGUUUAAUGGUAGGAAAUAGCACUGUAGCACAAAUAAAUUGUAUGUAUAUAGAAUAAUACAAAUUACACUACUUUAAUAGGUCAAAUGAAAUCUAUAGAAGUUUUUGGAAAAUGGAAGAUCCGGGUAGAGAAACCAGUGAAAUGGUUUUAGGCCAUCUGGACAUACAGUGACUCCCGAUUCAGUAUCAUAAAACAGCCAAUUUUACAAAUGUAGAGUUUUAACAAUUCUUGAACUUCUGCCCUGAUGGUAUUCCAAAAAUGUAGAAUCUUUUUGAGAUAUUCACUGAGACAGCUAUGGUCAGCUGGAUGUGAGAAGAUGGUGCCAGAAAAUCAGGAUGAACACUACAGCUCCAGAGUAAAUUCUGCCCUGUGUAUAAAAAAGUGAUCAGUCAUCGGUCUGAGGGCCACUAUUUUGGUACCUGAGAUGUUUGGCACUGGAUUGAUGGUUCUCCAUGUUGGCAAAGUAAUAUAUAAGAAAUUAUAUAUCUAUAAAGUGAGGGGAAAAUAACACUCAAAGGGUUGCACCAUCAAAAUGACCACUUACCGGACCUCACACCAUCUCGAAGAGGGGAAAAAAGUGUCUAUGUUUUAUGUUUCUUUCAUUUUAGAAAUUUUUAGAAAUGAAGGGUUUUUAUGUUUUGUAUUUUUCUUUUAAUAGAUGAGGUCCAUAGCGUUUGGCAUCAAUUUCUUUUAAAAUAAAAAAACGCUAAUUGAUCCCUCGGGUACCUACAAUCACAUUCAUCGCAAUUAGAUUGCAGACCUCAUUCUAAAACGGAGAUGUUGCAGAUGCCAGGCCCCCAUGUAUAGCGCUUAAGUCCCUUCCCUCGCCUCCCAAGGACCUUUUUUUUUUAAAAGCCCUCCCCAACACAAGGUCCCCUUUUCUAUCUAUAAAUGGCAUCGAUAUUGAUAAAUAUUUUUUCUAGAGCAAUAUCACUUGUAGAAACGCAUUUCAGGGUAAGGACUGGCAGACGGGAUUUAGAGGGGAAGUACACAGCAGGUUACCAACGCCCGAGCCCCCAGGCUCAUUGGAUAAAUGAUGCCAAAAUGCAAUAUUGUCAAUGGUGCUAGUCUCAGAAAACCAACUCUGCAAAAUUCUUUGUUGGCUGUCGAUGUAAAGUAACAUGUGAAGUUGUUGUGUUUCAUGUAUGAAGACGUACGCUGCUGUGAUUCCUUCCGAGAUGUUAUGUCGCAGUACAGCAUACUUAAAUGACAUGAUUAUAGGGGAAAAAAGUCUGUUUUUUUUAUAUAAAUCCCGUGAGAUUUUUCUUUCCAAAUCCAGAAAAGCCUGACCAGCCAUCCACUGUCUGAGUUCAUAGCAAGCAUGAUGAACACCUAUAUGGCAGCCAUUUUGUAGUAAGCGUACUAAGUGUAGAUGGCAAGCUAGCUAAAAUUAUAGAGGACAGUCAUUUUGUCUUGGCCUAAGGCCGCUUUCACAUGGCUGUAGUAUGGGUGUUAUACUCACAUCAACAUAUGAGUCCUGUUCAGUAGAACCACAGGAGCACUAAGUCCGCUUCAGUAGAACCUCAUUAGGUGCAGAUAUUGCAACUAUAAUAGAGACCCUAAAAUGCACCUGUAUUAUAGACGUGUGCAAGCGACCUAAGAAUUACCACUUUGGCUCAAACAUGUUAUGGUCUCUAGCGAAUUGGUUGCCUGCCCAUGAAUAUUGGUACAGGCUACAAAAUGGCUGCCCCCUGUGCAUUUGGCUCUAGAAAUAAUCCACGUAACAAGCUAACUGAAAUCAAAGGAUGCCAUUUUGUUCACUCUCACAGUAAGUGAUGAAGUUGAUAAAAUCACAGUAGGCAGCCAUUUUGUCUGAAGAAAUGUUCCUUUAAGAAUACCACUAAUGCUUAAAGGGGUUUUGUAAUAAAUGCAAAACCUUGUCAGACCAUUGUAGAUGGUGAUCCCUAAGCUCUUGUGGACCUCAGCGAUCCACGUAACACUUCAUGUUUUGUGCAGUAGCUGCCGCACUGUAACAUGCAUUACAGGCCGUUUUUCCUGCCUAAAUCAACUUGCUUGACGGGAGUCAGCCCCACGGUAAUCAGCUGAAUGCCUCGGCGGCUCUCAACUGAAAGGGGUGGUCUCUAAAUAGUACGGUGAUUGACUACGUACUUGUGACUGUAGGUACAGACCACAAAAUGGCUGCCCCCACUGCACGUCCACUUUGAACAAGAUUCAUAUGAAAACCUUUAAGUACACGGCGAGCUAGGCGAAAUCAUAGUAGACAUUUUGUACCAAGCGAUAUCCCUAGCUUCUAGUGAAAUCAAUUGGCUGCCUACUCGUGAGUGUUGAUGUAGCCCACAAAAUGGCCACCCCCCUGCGCGCGUAGGGCUGUCGGGUCCACCUUUUUUUUUUAAUAAAAGGAAACAGUUAUCCAUGUCUGAAAUGAACUAAGUGGCUAGUAUGAAAUAUGUGGUUGUCAUUGCCCUUAAACGUUUUAGUAUGAGACUCUCACCCACGUUCACCAUAGGAUUAUGCCCUAUUUUUUUGUUGUUCUGUUUUGUGUUUCUUUUGCAUAUUGUAUGGCAGUGUCAUGGCAGAAGAAACGAGUCAUUGGGAAUCCGUGACUUUUCUGCUCUUGUGUUUAGUUGCUAGUUUGUACUGAGAGUUGACCUCUCCCUGUGCAGGUUGUUUUACAUUGUUUAAAUGACUUUUUGCUGUAACUGUGCCUCCCUGUACAUUGUAACAAUUGCUUCAGCCUACAUAAAAAAAAGAAUAAAAAGAAAAACUGGAUAAAGGCA